AUGGACUUGCCAUUAAACCCACCACCCACAGUACGUGUAGAUACUGCAGAAGCCGCAGCAGCAGAAGCAGCAGAGCCAACACCCUCUUCAGAAAACAAACAUACAGACGACGUCACAAUUACACAGCCACUUAGAGAAACGUCGUUUUUGUCAAAAAGACACAGCCACGAAAAGACCGAAUUAGCAGAAGCACAAGCAGCAGCAUCAAAAUUUACAGCACCACAUGUAGUAUAUAUACCGCAUAGAGAGGAACAUACAGCAGCGCACAAACUGCACAGUGUGCACGUGAACGCAUGCGGGAACAACAGCACCAGUGGCAACACGAAGAGCAGCAGCAGCAGUAGUGGUAGUGCUAGCGACCGCAACAGAAGUGGCAACAACAAACGAACGCGCAAGGAGACCAACAGUACUUCCCUCAAUCACAAUACUAGAAGUUUUCUCGCUGCUGCUACUACUACUCUUACUAGUAGUAGAAGUAGCAGCAGCAACUGUAGCUGUGAUGGUCAUAGUAGUAGUAGUAGUAGUCAAAGCGACAAUCUUAUCAUUGACAGCGACAACGGCAGGAAUGGCUUCUGCGAGGACGGUACCAGACGUAGAAACGGCAAUAGCGACAGUACGACUAACAGCAACCCCAGUAGUACUUGCAGCAGGCACAUGUACGAUAGCGGCCACAACAGCUGCAGUGGCAAUAUUAGUUGUCAUAGAUACAAAUCUCGCUCAAAUAGCAAAGGCACCAGCAGCACCAGUGAGCACACCAGUAGAAGUAAUGUAAGUACAGGCUGCAUCCGCUCGGACAACACUGUGAAACGCAGCAGCAGUAGCAGCAGCGACGAUAGCAGCGUCAACAGCGCCAAAUGCAGCAGUAGUAAUUGUAGUGACAAUGCGAAGACGCAGAAUAACAACAGAGAAGGCAAUCGCAGUAGCAGCAACACCAAUAGCAGCACCAGCGGCAGCAGAAGUAGUAUCUUCAACUAUGAAGCCUUCUCUCGAUUACUCUUCUUCCUCUUGCCCUCAAUUAGCUGCAGCAUCAGCAACAGAUUCCACUGCCACAUCAUCGUCAUCAUCAUCAUCAUCGGUCUAUUCUCCUGUUUCUUCUCUUCCAGAUGUCUCUCACAAGCCACUAGCAACGAAAAACGCAACAGCAGCAGCAGGAGGGAAAGGAGCAGUAACGGCAGCGGCAAAAGCAAACUCAACAGCAGCAUCAGUAGAAGCAGUAGCAGCAGCAGCAGCAAACGCAAAGUCAGUAGGGGGAGUCGAAGCAGAACCACCAGCAGCAGCGCCUGA